CGGACCAUAGACUGAAUCAGUUCUUUAUCUCUCGAAAAUGGCGACGGUGAUCUCACGAUGGGAUCGGCAACGGCGACAGAUCCGACUUCAUCCGCGCGGCAGUUUAUUCCCGAGGAGAAAGCUAUUGAGAUAUAUUCUCAUCACACUCGCGGUUAUUGCAAUCCUUCCCCCUCUUUACUUCCAUUUCAGUCUCCGCCGAUUUAACCAGUUUGCCCGAUCUUGCUUGAUUUUAGAAAGGUUUCAUGCUCUAGUCGCACUUGCUUUUAUAUGGACUUGCAGUUUUCUGGAGAAACUGGCGUUUCCAGAGGUUACAAUUGCGAAAGUGCAGCUGGAUGCGAAGUCCUCCUUUAGUAUGGAUGCAUAUAAUAUUGCUUUAAGUUCUCAAGUAGAUUGCAUUGAGAUUGAUGUUUCUCGUUCAUCAGACGGAGUAUUGUUUGCUCUACAUGACAGAAUUUUUUACAAUGUGCUUCUGACAAGCAGAGUGGGCAGGGAUCUGCAGCGAAUAUCUGGGAACAGUACUUCUAAAGUUGGUCAUUUAAGUAUGAAAGAGAUUGUAGAUCUCGGUUCUAGUCAUCAUCAUUUACUGGAGCAUGGUGUGAAUGUUCCAACCAUCGAAGAUGCAUUAAAGUUGGUAUCAGGUUCUGUACGGCAGGUCAUUCUUGAUGCUAAAGUUGGGCCACCGCUGUAUGAGAAAGGACUUGCUAAGGAUAUUCUUUCUAUCGUGGGCUAUAUCGUAAUGAUAGAUGGUACGACUGGAAGUAGGAUGAAAUUGCUGAGGAUGAGAGGAGCUGAUGUGGUUGGCGUCUAUCACCCUUUGAUUGACGAACAAAUUGUGAAAGUUCUCCAUAGGAGGAAAAAGAAGGUGUACGCGUGGACUGUUGAUGAAGAUGAGGCGAUGCAGAAGAUGUUGUUGGAAGGUGUGGAUGCGGUGGUCACGAGUAAUCCUUCACAGCUGCAGCGUGUUAUGCAAGAUGUUCGGACCGAAUGCUUUCGAGAAGGGUUUUCAUUGAAUUCUUAAAACUAUUAACUACAACAAUAUAGCAUGUGCUGCAUCAAGCUAAAGACAAGCAGAGAAAUGGUGGCUACUUCAUAUCUAUUAUUUGCACAAACAGAGAAAAUGGUGCGGAUUGAUUUGUGGCUACUCCAUAUCUAUUGUAGAGUAUGGACAAUGAGACAACCAACCAAAGUUCAUUACUCAUACAGUCAUACUGACUUAGCCAGUGUGUUUCUUCUUUUUUUCUUCAUUAAAUAAAGUUAAAAGUAUUAAAUCUUCAUGAGAUUCAUUUCAUAUAAUCAAUAUAUAUACUUUCCAAUAUGUGUGUAUAUGG